GUCGGAGGCGGAAAACUGAGGGCGGGUGUGCAGCUCGCGCUGUUUCCAGGCAACCGCAGACUCCCGGUCCUUAGUGGAGCUGGAUGGCCAAGCGACAGCUUGGAAGUGCCCUAGGAAGUGCCUAUGGGCGGUCCACGUCUCUCCCACACCUCUGAGGGCCUUUGUCUUCUGAAUUUUUGGCCACUUCUAGCGAGGAAAAUUGGCCUCCCAGAUGUGUGAAGCUGACCCUGGAUCUAUAGCUCUUCAGCACCAUAACUACCUUCUUUCUAAGAGAUCCUGAAACCUUUGUCAUGGAGAAGUACCACGUGUUGGAGAUGAUUGGAGAAGGCUCUUUUGGGAGAGUGUACAAGGGUCGGAAAAAAUACAGUGCACAGGUGGUGGCCCUGAAGUUCAUCCCAAAACUGGGGCGUUCAGAAAAGGAGCUGAGGAAUCUGCAACGAGAGAUUGAAAUCAUGCGGGGUCUGCGGCAUCCCAACAUUGUGCAUAUGCUUGACAGCUUUGAGACUGACAAAGAGGUGGUGGUGGUGACAGACUAUGCUGAGGGAGAGCUUUUUCAGAUCCUGGAAGAUGAUGGAAAACUCCCUGAAGACCAGGUUCAGGCCAUUGCUGCCCAGUUGGUGUCGGCCCUGUACUAUCUACAUUCUCAUCGCAUCCUACACCGAGACAUGAAGCCUCAGAACAUUCUCCUUGCCAAGGGUGGUGGCAUCAAGCUCUGUGACUUUGGCUUUGCCCGGGCUAUGAGCACCAACACAAUGGUUCUGACCUCCAUCAAAGGCACACCACUCUAUAUGUCUCCAGAGCUGGUGGAAGAGCGGCCAUAUGACCACACAGCGGACCUCUGGUCUGUGGGCUGCAUUCUGUAUGAACUGGCUGUAGGCACUCCUCCUUUCUAUACCACAAGCAUCUUUCAGCUGGUUAGCCUCAUCCUCAAGGACCCUGUGCGCUGGCCCUCUACCAUCAGUCCCUGCUUUAAGAACUUCCUGCAGGGGCUGCUCACCAAGGACCCUCGGCAGCGUCUGUCCUGGCCAGACCUCUUACAUCAUCCCUUUAUUGCUGGUCGUGUCACCAUAAUAACUGAACCAGCAGGCUCAGAGUUGGGUACCCCAUUUACCAGUCGUCUACCCCCAGAACUUCAGGUCUUAAAGGAUGAACAGGCCCAUCGGCUGGCUCCAAAGGGCAGUCAGUCUCGCAUCUUGCAUCAGGCCUGUAAACGCAUGGCUGAAGAGGCCAAGCAGAAGAAACACCAGAACACGAGAUCUUCCCUUGAGCAAGAGGACAGAACCAACAAGGUGACUCCCAGCACAGCCCCACUGCCUGGACUACAGGAUAUUCCUGAGAAAUCAAAUCUCCUGGCUGGGAUCUUGGCCUCAGAAAUGAAGAACAGCUGGGCUGAGUGGGAGGCUGGAGAGGCCCCUCCUACACCUCGGGAAAACCACAUUACCCCAGGUUGUGAACAAGCAUUCCCAGAACUGAGGUCAGAGGUGGUGGGCCAGCGGAGCAUUGAUGCAGUGGACCUAGAAAAUGAGGAACCAGAAAGUGAUGAUGAGUGGCAACAGCUGCUAGAGACCACUGAGCCUGUGCCCAUCCAGCUGAAGGCCCCUCUCACCUUGCUAUGCAAUCCUGACUUCUGCCAGCGCAUCCAGAGUCAGCUGCGUGAAACUGGAGGGCAGAUCCUGAAAGGCAACCUGGAGAGUGCUUCCCACAUCCUCCCUGCACUUCGGAUCCUGAGCAGUCUUCUAUCCAGCUGCAGUGACUCUGUUCCCUUGUAUUCCUUCUGCCAGGAGGCUGGGCUGCCUGGGUUGCUGCUCAGUCUCCUCAGGCACAGCCAGGAGAGCAACAGUAUCCAGCAGCAACCUUGGUAUGGGGCCUUCUUACGGGACCUAAUGGCUGUGAUUCAGGCCUAUUUUGCCUGCACCUUCAAUCUGGAGAGGAGCCAGACAGGUGACAGCCUACAGGUGUUUCAGGAGGCUGCCAAUCUCUUUCUGGACCUGUUGGGGAAACUGCUAUCUCAAUCAGAUGACUCUGAGCAGACAUUGCGAAGGGACAGCCUUAUGUGUUUUACUGUCCUAUGUGAAACCAUGGAUGGGAACAGCCGGGCCAUCUCCAAAGUGUUUUACUCCAGCCUGCUGACCACGCAGCGUGCUGUGUUGGAUGGGCUUCUUCAUGGCUUGACAGUUCCACAGCUACCUUUCCACACACCCCCAGGAGCCCCACAAGUGAGCCAGACACUGCGAGAGCAAAGUGAGGAUCUGCCUGCAGCCAUUUCCUCUGCGCUGGCAGCCAUUUGCACUGCUCCUGUGGGACUGCCUGGCUGCUGGGAUGCCAAAGAGCAGGUUUCUUGGCAUUUGGCAAAUCAGCUGACUGAAGACAGCAGCCAACUGAGGCCAUCCCUCAUCUCUGGCCUGCGGCAUCCCAUCCUGUGCCUGGACCUUCUCAAGGUUCUUUAUUCCUGCUGCCACAUCAGUGAGCGACUGUGCCAUCUUCUAGGGCAAGAGCCCUUGGCCUUGGAGUCACUAUUGAUGUUGGUCCAGGGCAAGGUAAAAGUAGCAGAUUGGGAAGAGUCCACUGAAGUGGCACUCUACCUUCUCUCUCUCCUUGUUUUUCGACUCCAAGAUCUGCCUUCUGGAAUGGAGAAGCUAGGCAAUGAGGUUGCUACGCUUUUUACCCACUCACAUGUCGUCUCUCUUGUGAGUGCAGCAGCCUGUCUGUUGGGACAGCUUGGUCAGCAAGGAGUGUCCUUUGACCUCCAGCCUAGGGAAUGGAUCACUGCAGCUGCACAUGCUCUGUCUGCCCCUGCAGAGGUCCGGCUGACUCCACCAGAUAACUGUGGUUUCUAUGAUGGCCUCCUCAUCCUUCUGCUACAGCUCCUCACCCAAGUACAGCAGGGAAAAGCUAGUCUGAUCAGGGAUGUGGCUAGCUCAGAAAUGUGGACCAUUUUGUGGCACCGCUUCUCCAUGACUCUGAGGCUACCUGAGGAGGUAUCUACACAGGAAGAGGAACUGUCACUAUCUGACCCAUCCAUCCCUGAGCCAGACUGGACACUGAUCUCACCCCAAGGCAUAGCAGCCCUGCUGAGCCUGGCCAUGGCCACCUUCACCCAGGAGCCCCAGUUAUGCCUGAGCCACCUGUCCCAGCAUGGAAGUAUUCUCAUGUCCAUUCUGAAGCAUCUUCUUUCCCCCAGCUUCUUGCAUCACCUGAGUCAGGCGCCUCAUGGGGCUGAGUUUCUCCCUGUUGUGGCAGUCUCUGUCUGCCAGCUCCUCUGCUUUCCCUUCGCCCUGGAUGUGGAUGCUGAUCUCCUUGUCGGUAUCUUGGCUGAUCUAAGGGACUCAGAAGUUGCAGCCCACCUGCUGCAGGUCUGCUGCCACUAUCUUCCGUUGUCGCAAGUUGAGUUGCCCAUUAGCCUCCUUACACGCCUGGCCCUCACGGAUCCCACCGCUCUCAACCAGUUUGUGAACACAGUGGUUGCCUCCCCUAGAACCAUCAUCCCAUUCCUCUCUGUUGUCCUCCUGAGUGACCUGCCACUGCUGACCUCUGACCUUCUCUCCCUGCUGGCCCACACAGCCCGGGUACUGUCUCCCAGUCACUUGUUCUUUAUUCAAGAGCUCCUGGCUGGCUCUGAUGAAUCCUAUAGGCCCUUGCGCAGUCUCCUGGGUCACCCAGAGAAUUCUGUGCGGGCCCGUACUUAUGGGCUCCUAGGACACUUGCUCCAACACAGCAUGGCCCUUCGUGGGGCACUACAGAGCCAGGCUGGACUGCUCAACCUUCUGCUGCUGGGGCUUGGAGAUGAAGACCCUGCUGUGAGGCGCAGUGCCAGCUUUGCUGUGGGCAAUGCAGCCUAUCAGGCUGGUCCCCUGGGACCUGCCCUGGCAGCUGCAGUGCCCAGUAUGACCCAGUUGCUUGGAGAUCCUCAGGCUGGGAUCCGGCGCAAUGCCGUAUCAGCUCUGGGCAACUUGGGGCCUGAGGGGUUGGGGGAGGAGUUGUUACAGUGCCAAGUACCUCAGCGGCUCCUGGAGAUGGCAUGUGGAGACCCUCAGCUGAAUGUGAAGGAGGCUGCCCUCAUUGCCCUCCGAAGCCUCCGACAGGAACCCUGCAUUCAUCAGGUGCUGGUGUCCCUGGGUGCCAGUGAGAAAUUAGCCUUGCUCUCUCUGGGGAAUCAGUUACUGCCACAUAGCAGUCCCAGACCUGCCUCUGCCAGGCACUGCAGGAAACUCAUCCAUCUCCUGAGGCCAACCCACAACACAUGAUCCCAGAUUCCUGGGAUCCAACCUCCAGCCUUCGUUGCCCUACUAUUGCCAAGUCUUCCAUAUUCUACACAAGCCAUCAACUCAACUGAAAGCUGAAGAGACUGAAAAAGAGCAAUAAGCUGCCAAUCACUUGAAAGUGAGAAAUGAGAAGAGAUUUAUGUAUAAAGCUCUUUCCUUACCCCAGAUUCAGAAUGAUUUCAGCCAGUAAACUUUAUUACUGUUGGUGCCGGAGAAGAUUCCUUCCUUCUCUGCGUCCAGGGGUCUUUUCUCCAGUAAUGUGCCUUUAACUUCAGGAAUGUGCCUCCUGGACCUUAGGGAAAUAUUUCAUCUGUCCUGACUCUCCCUUUCUGGAGCUACUGUAAUCCAGUGAUUUUGCUUUAGGUGUACUGGCUUCUGUCUCAGCUCUUGGCUACGGAGAUAAACGCCAUCAGCCCCUGUUGUUGAGGGGUUCCCAGCCUUUAGCCCACAUUCCUUCCAUGGGUUGGGAUUGGGCAAUAUAUCUUUUUUUAAUUGUAAUUCUGAUUGAAACUCUUUUAAUAAAAAAUGUACC